AACACACUUGCAGAUUCCGAGGAGAAGCAAAUCAGGAACCAUUUUCUGGCUAACGAUAACGAAUACCGAUGCUACACAAGUAAGAGGCUCCAGGUUUUGGUUCGAUCUUUCUCCGAUUGCCACGCUCGUCGGUCAAGGCAAGUCACCCUCACACAACCUUGGCAAUGGAAGAGAAGGUAGAUGCUGAGCACCAGUUAAUGGUGGUUGAAGGUUUUCAACAUUCUAUGCAAAUUGUUCCACAAAGAGCACGGUUUCCGUGCUGCAUUGUCUGGUCACCCCUUCCUGUUAUAUCAUGGUUCAUUCCUUUCAUUGGCCACAUUGGCAUAUGCAGAGAAGAUGGAGUGAUACUGGACUUUGCAGGCCCCAAUUUUGUAUGUGUAGAUAAUUUUACUUUCGGGGCUGUAGCUCGCUAUAUCCAAAUCAACAAAGAUAAGGAAUGCCGGGUUUCUCCCCAUCCAUCAGCAUUCAAAGAUGAGGAGCUAUACAUGCAAGAUGAUUGUGGAAGGGAGGCCUUAACAUGGGAUGAUGCACUAAGAAAGGGCACCCAGGAGUUCCAACAUCGAUCAUACAACCUCUUCACUUGUAAUUGCCAUUCUUUUGUUGCCAACAACCUCAACAGGAUGGGCUUCCGUUCUGGUGGAUGGAAUGUGGUGAACCUUGCUGUUUUCAUCUUCCUCAAGGGCCAAUGGGUGAACAAAGCAUCUGUUUUGCGAUCGUUCUUACCAUUUGUUAUUGUAUCUGGUACUGGACUCAUGCUUGGUGGCACAACAUUCCUAACUUUCUUGGUCUUCUUUGCUCUACUUCUUGUGGGUUGGUUCCUUCUCGGUACUUACUGCUUCAAGAAUUUGAUACAGUUGUAGCUUUUGUGUUAUGCCAACCCCAAUCGCACACAAAAACUGUAUUCCAGCAUUCGUAGAUACACACAAAUGACAUUAGCAGGGAAUGUUUUGCCCAAUCUACAACAUUAGAGUGAAGUAUCUUGUGCUCCUCUUUCUUUUCCUCUAUACUAAAAGGUGAAAUCGUGAACAAAAUCAUGAGAAUUGGUGAUCAGAAUAGAGGUGCAAGUUUAGUGGUUAAGGACUUAGGAGUUAAGAACUCGCAAUGGUGCGGUUGUGGGUUUUACUUGUAUAAAUGAGGGGUUUUCUCUAAUAUAUUUUUUCUAAAAUUUGUACCAUUGUUGUAUUAUGUGCUAUUGAAGUCUAUUUCUAUUGGUAAUAUUUACCGAAUAAAGAAGAGAAAUAAAGAUGUUUUGAUCUU